ACAAUGCUCAUUACUCGUUACACACAAGAGAAGAAGAGAAGAGAAACAGGAGCAGAAUAACCCUCAAACUCCGUUUCACUCUGAGAGAAAGUGCUGCAGAAAACACACCCAAACAGAGAGAGGAAGAGGUGUGUGAGGGAGAGACUAAGAAUUGAAAGAAAAAACGUUUGCAAAGGAAGAAACCUUGCAAAUUUAACACCAGAAAAGAAGAUCUGUGAUUUCUCUUUCUUUUUUCUUUUUGUUUGCAUAGGAAAAAAACACACACCCUUCAUCUGAGCCUGAAUUUGUAUCAUUGAGAAUUUUCAAAAAGGAUUGUCUCUUCAGAGACACAGAUCUUGAGGUUGGAGUCAAAUCCUUCACACUUUGGUAUGGAGACAGAAGAGAGGAACCAGAAAGGGUGCAAGGCUUCGGAGCCAGAGUUUUUCUUGCAGUGGGGGAACAGGAAGAGGCUGAGAUGUGUGAGGGUGAAGGACCCUCGGAUUUCAGCGAGACUCAACGGUGGAAUCAGAAGGAAACUUGGUUCUGCACUGGAUCAUCAUCGCUCUGGGUUCACUGUGCCCGAGAAAGAAAUCUCUCAUCACCACCACCACCACCAUCAACAACCUAAUCGCCUUACAAGGAAUUCCGACGGGGCGAUUCUCCGGUCGUCGGCCGGCGAGACUAGGAAAUCGGCGUCGCCGGAGAAGGAGGACCGGUACUACACGACGCGGGGUUCGGCGGAGGAGAACGGCAAGGUCACCGGCGACGGCAACAACGGCGAGGAACGUGCCCUAGUUUGGCCCAAGCUCUACAUCACUCUCUCAAGCAAGGAGAAAGAGGAAGACUUUCUCGCCAUGAAGGGUUGUAAGCUUCCUCAGCGACCCAAAAAGAGAGCCAAAAUCAUCCAAAGAAGCUUACUUUUGGUGAGUCCUGGGGCGUGGUUGUCUGAUAUGUGCCAAGAAAGAUAUGAAGUUAGGGAGAAGAAAAGUAACAAGAAGUUAUGUACCACACGGCUUAUAUAUUCUCUUGGAUUGCAGAGACCAAGAGGGUUGAAGGCUAUGGGAAGCAUGGAAAGCGAUUCUGAAUGAUGAUGAUGAUGAUGAUGAAGAUGAUGAUGGAAAGAAAAAACAUUUGAGCGGAUCCGCAAGAGGGGGAAGAAGAAGCCCUUUUAAGAAGAAGCUUGGAGGAAUGUUUUGGAGAUGGUGAUGAUGAAGAUGAUGAUUCAAGUUUUUUGUUUUUAUAUUUGUGUGGCAUGUAUGUUGCCCCCUCAUGUUUUUUUGUAAACAAUUCGAUCCGAUCCGAUCCAUUUCAAUUAAUUAAGAAAAAAUAUUUUCUUACCUUA